GAGAGAGAGAAGUGGAGAGGGAGAGGGGUAGCGAGGGGCACAGAGUAGUGCACGCAGCACCAGGGACCUGGUCUUAGGGGAGACCUGCUCUGCCCUGGGAAUAGCCGGCCCGAGAAAAACAAAGCCGCCGUCGCUAAUGAGACUUUUGGUUACCGCGUACCGGGAGGGGGACCGCAGCGAGACCCCGACAGCCGGCCGAGCGGACUCGUUUGUUUCGCUCCUUCGUUCCUGAGCUCGGAUUCAACGUGAUGCAACGUUUCUGUCACCGAAGCACCUGGGGGCAACAAGUGAGUCAUUAAGGCUUCCCUCCCUCCCCCUGUCCGCACACACGUGCGCGCGCGCACACUCACACGCUUGAGGGACAGCACAAGAACAGCCACGAGAAGCAAAGGCAAGUUACAGUUCUUUUCCUUGUGCUGCUUCCUUUUUUCCCUGAGUGCGUGUGAGACGCCGUGCGUGUGGAAAACUGGAUGAAAAGGCUAAAAACUGCAGAGAAUGCAUCCGGGAGCAUGAAUCCUGCCGGGAAGGAGAAUGACAUGUUUUGUCAGAAGGCGGUGGCCCUGAUUGUUGACCUUUGUCUUCAAAACAGCGCCUUCCUGGACUCGGAUACCUGCCAGGACUAUCUCCUACUGCUGAGGAACCCUAGCCCAGGUCAUAAGGAGACAGACCUCUCUUUCAGCUUCCUCCUCGCUGUGCUAGCGCUGUGCGGCCUGGGCUUGCUGGGGUUCUGCGCCUUCGCCUCCUGGAAAUUGUGCUGGGUGCCCUGGCGCAGCAAGGCCCUGUCCUCUAGCUCCGCCCCCCUCGCCCCCGCCGCGUCCCCCGCAGGGGGCGGAGACGACCGCUCGCCCCCGCUGACCGCCCGCUGCUCGGACGCCAUGGCGACCGAGAAGGCCAAGGACCCCCUGGCCUCCGUCAGCUUCCUGGAGGCGGCGGUGAAGAUCAGCCACACGUCGCCCGACAUCCCCGCCGAGGUGCAGCUCUCCAUGCGCGACCACUUCCUGCGCCGCACCCAGCGAAUGCAGCGCCAGACCACCGAGCCGGCCUCCUCCACCAGGCACAGCUCUUUUAAGAGGCACCUGCCCAGGCAGAUGCAGGUGUCCAGCCUGGACCUGGGGAACGACUACGUGGACGUGGACCUGGACGAGCAGCCGACCAGCAUCGGCCGCAUCAAGCCCGACCUCUACAAGCAGAAGACGCUGGAAACGGAGGAGGCGCCCGAGAACGGCGGCAAGACGUGCGGCAAGAUCAACUUCUCCCUCAAGUACGACUACGAGAACGAGGCCCUCAUCGUCAACAUCCUCAAGGCCUUCGACCUGCCCGCCAAGGACUUUUGCGGCAGCUCCGACCCCUACGUCAAAAUCUACCUGCUCCCCGACCGCAAGCGCAAGUUCCAGACGCGCGUGCACCGCAAGACCCUCAACCCCACCUUCAACGAGUCCUUCCAGUUCCCCGCCUCCUACGACGAGCUGGCCGUCAGCAAGCUCCACCUCAGCGUCUUCGACUUUGACCGCUUCUCCAGGCACGACAUGAUCGGCGAGGUGAUCCUGGACAACCUCUUCGAGGUGUCGGACCUGUCCAGGGAGACGUCCAUCUGGAAGGACAUUCAGUACGCGACCACCGAAAGUGUGGACCUGGGGGAGAUCAUGUUCUCACUCUGCUACCUGCCCACUGCCGGGAGACUCACGCUCACCGUCAUCAAGUGCAGGAACCUCAAAGCCAUGGACAUCACGGGAUACUCAGAUCCGUAUGUGAAGGUGUCCCUCAUAUGUGAUGGAAGGCGAUUGAAGAAGAAGAAGACGACCAUUAAGAAAAACACUCUGAACCCCACCUACAACGAGGCCAUCAUAUUCGACAUUCCACCGGAGAGCAUGGACCAAGUCAGCCUCCUCAUAUCCGUCAUGGACUACGACAUGGUCGGGCACAAUGAGAUCAUCGGGGUGAACCGUGUGGGGUGCAGCGCAGAAGGCCUGGGCAGAGACCACUGGAAUGAGAUGUUGGCUUACCCCCGCAAGCCGAUUGCUCACUGGCACCCCCUGCUGGAGCCCAAGAAAUCUGAAAAAGAGUGGAAAGGACGUACUGCCAGCUUCGACAGCCAAGGGUCCUGCCCUUCCCCCAAACCUCCCAGCAGCCCCUGAGGCGAGCUGUCGGCGCGGGGGUGGGGGGUCUUCCUGUCUCCAGCUGACUCGCCGUCUGUCUGUCCGUCCGUCCCCCCCACUCUCCCCAUUCAUCCUCGGUGUACACCACUAGCUCCCCAGGGCAUUAACCCUAGAUCAGUUUUCCCCUUUUGCACUAAAUGCUCGGGGUUAUGAACUGGAGCCGGACUAGCGGAUCCUAGGUCAGUGCUUGGGGGGGGUGGAGCCGUGUCCUCGACGUGCUCCGAAGAGCCGCCUUAACGUUCCCAGGACAACCGCCGCGCCAAAUCAGAUCACGGCGAGCCUCGGGGGUUUUUGUAAAGCAUCAGAGUGUUCCGUUCCGCACGGACAGGAUCUUUGGUCAGAUCACACGCUUUGAUAGUUGCCAUAGUGAACUGGAACAGUGCGAAGGAGCAGGUAGUGGUGAGAUAGGACAGCAUGGGGCAGAGCAUCCUGUCAAAGCAUCGGCCUCCACAUCAAGGCACAAAAUGGAUUAUACUGUGAGAACGCUGGCGACUGUGGCGAGGAAACGAUUAAUCUGAGACCGAAAAGAACACAGGCAUUAUAAAAUAUACAGUCAUUAAAUUAUAAGCAUAUUAUUAUUCCAUAAUUACCUUAUGGCAGGUAGAAAGGAACAUAAAACUCCAAGUGAGCUAUAAUUACUCAUGCCCUGUACAAUAAAAAUGCAAUCAACCUUUCUUUCCAUUUUUUUAAAGAUCAGAUUUAUUGACAUUGAGUAACGUGCAUUUUAAUUCAUCGCUAAAUAUAAAUCAAAAACUCUUAAAGCCUUAAUGAAAAACAAAAUUGCAAA